UAUAUGUUUUGUCUUCUUUCAACAAAUCAAAGUUUCAUAAAUGUUUGAUUUGUACGGUUCCUCUUUACCAUCAUUCCAAAUCUUGCUUCUAAGUUGCUUUUUCACUUUCGGAGCUGGGCUUCUGAAUAUACCUGCAGAAUGGGACUAAGCCAAUGGCUUAAUAUUUUAGCGCACGUAUUAAUAUUUCUCAAAGCAGAAGGCUUGUCGGUAGACAUUACCUAUGUCCGAAGUGCAAUAGCAAAAGGAGCUGUUUGUCUAGAUGGUAGCCCACCAGCUUAUCACUUCGAUAAAGGAUUUGGAGCAGGGAGUAGUAAGUGGUUGGUUCACCAUGAGGGUGGAAGUUGGUGUGAUAAUGUGACCACUUGCCUUUCCCGUAAGAAUACAGAGUUGGGUUCAUCCAAGUAUAUGGCUAAGCAAUAUGACUUCUCUGGUAUUUUGAGUGACAAGCAAGAUCUUAACCCAGACUUUUACAAUUGGAACAGAAUCAAGAUUAGGUACUGUGAUGGGGCAUCAUUUACCGGGGAUGUGGAUGCAGUAAACCCAGAAACAAAUCUUCACUUCAGAGGAGAAAGGAUUUGGCAUGCUAUCAUGGACGAUCUACUAGCGAAAGGAAUGAGACAUGCUGAAAAUGCUAUACUCACUGGGUGUUCAUCUGGUGGAUUGGCUUCUAUUCUUCACUGUGAUACCUUCCAAGCUCUCCUACCUGCUGUUAAGGUUAAAUGCAUUGCAGAUGCUGGUUUCUUUAUCAAGAAGAAAGAUAUUUCUGGAGUACGAGGAAUUGAAAUUUCAUUUAGUCAAGUAGUCGCAACUCAUGGUUCUUUGAAGAAUUUGCCAUCUGCCUGUACUUCGAAAAUGAAAAAACCAGAGCUGUGUUUCUUCCCGCAAUAUGCAAUUCGAUAUGUUCGAACACCGAUCUUUGUCAUAAAUGCAGCGUAUGAUUCAUGGCAGAUAAAAAAUGUUCUGGUUCCACGUGCUGCUGAUUCUCGAGGCUUAUGGAAAAGUUGCAAGUAUGACAUAACAAAUUGCUCGCAAUCACAAAUCCAUGCUAUGCAGCUUUCAUAUUUCAGGGCACAAUUUUUGAAUGCAUUGCUGGGAGGGGUGAAGAAUUCUACGUCUACAGGAAUGUUUAUAGACUCUUGUUUUGUACACUGUCAAACCGAAAGGCAAAAAGUCUGGUUCAGCAAGGAUUCUACUAUCAUAGAGAACAAGACAAUGGCAAACGUAGUCGGAGACUGGCUUUAUGAUCGAGAUCAUCUUUUUGGAAAGAUAGAUUGCCCUUAUCCUUGUAACCCUACUUGUUACAACGAUUAG